UAUUGACUCCUCAAUAGUUGUAGUUCAUCAAUAAAACACACAUCUUUUUCGAUUUGCUUCUGCUAUAGCCUAUAGGGGAAGAUGAGAAAUUGGAACUUUAUUGUGUUUCUCUGUCUUGCUUUCGUAUUGAGAGUUGAAUCCUUCAAGUUUCAUAGGAUUGAUCAACACGUUGAAAGGAUCUCCGGAAGUGCUGGUGAUGUGUUGGAGGAUGAUCCUACAGGUAGGUUGAAAGUUUUUGUAUAUGAGCUUCCAAGCAAAUAUAACAAGAAAACUGUGCAGAGGGACUCGCGAUGCCUCAGUCAUAUGUUUGCUGCUGAGAUAUAUAUGCAUCAGUUUCUGUUAUCCAGUCCUGUUCGAACACUUGAUCCAGAGGAAGCAGAUUGGUUUUACACUCCAGUUUACACAACUUGUGAGUACUUGACACCACAUGGUCAUCCUUUACCUUUCAACUCACCACGUAUGAUGAGAAGCGCGAUUCAGCUUAUUGCUUCUAGCUGGCCAUACUGGAACAGGACACAAGGGGGUGAUCAUUUCUUCAUUGUACCACAUGAUUUUGGUGCAUGUUUCCAUUUUCAAGAAGAGAAAGCUAUUGGAAGAGGUAUUCUUCCGUUGCUCCAUCGUGCUACCUUGGUUCAAACUUUUGGACAACGGAAUCAUGUUUGUUUGAAGGAAGGAUCGAUAACUAUUCCUCCGUAUGCUCCUCCACAGAAAAUUCAGUCUCAUUUGAUCUCUCCUGAUACACCAAGAUCCAUAUUUGUCUAUUUCCGUGGCUUGUUUUAUGACAAAAGAAAUGAUCCUAAAGGCGGGUACUAUGCAAGAGGCGCUCGAGCAGCAGUGUGGGAGAACUUUAAGGACAAUCCACUCUUUGAUAUUUCUACAGAUCAUCCAACUACAUACUACGAAGACAUGCAACGAGCUAUCUUUUGCUUGUGCCCUCUCGGAUGGGCUCCAUGGAGUCCUAGAUUGGUUGAAGCUGUUGUAUUCGGAUGCAUCCCCGUUAUAAUAGCAGAUGACAUUGUCUUGCCAUUUGCUGACGCGAUCCCAUGGGAAGAUAUAGGAUUGUUCGUAGCGGAGAAGGAUGUCCCAUAUUUGGAUAACAUUCUUACUUCUGUUCCACCACAAGAAAUACUGAGGAAGCAGAGAUUGCUCGCCAAUCCUUCAAUGAAGCAGGCUAUGUUAUUUCUACAACCUGCUCAACCAGGUGAUGCUUUCCACCAAAUCUUGAAUGGACUUGCUCGUAAAUUACCCAAUCAUCACAAGACUAUAUACGGAGACAACAACGUCUUAAACUGGACUGCUGGUCCAGUUGCUGAUCUAAAACCUUGGUAGGAUCAAGCUGAACCUCAAGGUUUAUUCAUUUUUCGCCCUUGAUUUGUUGACUUCCAACGUUCAAUUCUUUGUUCGAUGUUAAUUUUUACACGUAUUAGUAGACACACAUACACACACAUACUGUUGAAUAGUACAGUAGAAUGUAGGAUUUUCACCAUAGUUUAACUGUCCUACAAUGUCUUCAACUCCUCCUUUUGUUCUUUGUCAAUAAUCAUAAAAAUUCCGAAAUCUCAUUAAGCUAUAUUAUCAUGAAGAGACAGAAUGUGUUUUGGAGAACCAAAACACGAAAAUGAUUGAAAACAGUAACAUAAUAGAGAAUUGACUCAAAGUCUUCUUCUACUGCUUCUUUGUUCCCUAAAACAAACCAAAGAAAGAGAACUGUCAACGACUCCAUUGCACAAUUGCUUUGUGAAAGCUCGAAUACUUGGCCUCCAUCUCAUUCAUAAAAAGUUUCAGAAAAGAGCUAGCAUUUGAGAUUUAUUUGGUAGUCUACAUAUUUAUUGGCCUUGUUUUCAAAAUCGAGUACUAUUAUUUAGUAUUCUCCCUAUUCCUUGAAGUUGAUGGAGAAUCAAUGGAAUUAUUAACAUCUAGUUGAAACUUGGACAGAUUCAAUAGCAAUAUCGAGUUUGAAAUCACAAUUUUGCACAUCUUCAACUUGUGUUUUCCAGAUAUCCUUGGCUGAUUCAACAAGUGUUUCUUUGCAUGAUAUCACCUUGAUAGAUUUUAGAGUCAGCAUGUCUGCAAAGGGAGAAGGAUUGUGACUUUGAGUACCACAAGCUCGGUGAGGAUUGUGACUUACUCAAGACUAUAUAUACGACAGUUGAAUAGUGUUAAUUUCUUGAGACAUGGCGUAAAGUUCAUCUCAGCAAAGGUACAGAAAGGAUCCCCGUAACGCUUGAGCAUUUCAAGCUUAGUAAGAUUGUUAAAUGCAGGAAAGAAACUAUCACAUUUUGAAACUUCACAUCUCAGUUUUUGAAGAUUUGGUGCCUUGCCAAGAUGUUAAUCGCGUCCUCCUCACAAGAAAACCAUACUGAGGCAAGAGUUCUCAACUCGUUCAUUUUUGAACUUUAAUUAUAUUCAAAACAAAACUAAAAUGUAUCACAAAACA